CCGACAACCUACACAUUAUAUUUUAAUUAAAAUAAAUAUGCCAAAACAUUUUUUAAGUUUUAAAGACGAGCCAUUCUUAUUAUCUAAAAUUAUUUCUUCAUCAAUUGUUGGCAAAUCCCAAAGAGUUAUUGACCAAGUAGAGAACUUUCUUCGUGAAAAUGAAAAAACUACAAUGAAUUUGGAUGUUUUUAAACAACGUUUAGAAGUUAUUCAAACAAAUAUACAAUGGAUACAAAAAAAUUUUAAUAGAUUGUCUCAAUGGUUUAAAAAACAUAACGGCAAAAAUGGAAAAAUUUCAAUGUUUAAAUGA